AUGGAUGAUGUGCUUAGUGGAGCGGAAUCUUUGAUUACAGCUAAGGAGCUUAAAUCUCAGUUAAUUGCAAUAUUGAAGAGUGCAGGAAUGACACUGCACAAGUGGUGCAGUAAUCAUGCUGAACUUGCGGAAGAAGAUCACUCCUAUUCCUUUCCUAAUGAAGCAGAAUCUACAACACUUGGAGUGUCUUGGAGGUCUAGAAGAGACUGUUUCUGUUUUAGAGUGAAACUCGAUAAUGACAUAGUUGUUACCAAACGACAGAUAUUGUCCACAAUUGCAAGAUUGUUUGACCCGAUUGGUUUACUAGGGCCAAUCAUAAAGGAAAAGCAUAUAUGUCGUUUGUAUAGUGGUAAUAAUGCUAGUGGGAAUAUGACAGUUCCAGCACAGGGGGUGCUAUAA